AUGCUAUAGACGAAUUCUAGAACUUAAGUGUUUCACUUUCCUGUACAAGCAUUUUAAUAUAUAGUUACAAAUUUUUAAAUCGAAGCCGAUACGAUAUAUUACUUUCAAAAGUUCUAGGAGUUCGCGAGCGUUCCUGUCCUGUAAUUUUAAAGCGUAUAUAUAUGUUUCACAAUUAUCUAACAAUGAGAAGACAAUUAGAUAUUAUUCUGUCUUUGUUAGGAAUUUACUUCUCGAUAAAAGCGGAUGGAAGUAAUGUCGAUUACAGUGGACAACAGGUAUGGAGAGUGAUCCCCCAGUCUUAUGAAGAAGUUGGAGCUCUCAUAGAAUUUGGAGAAAAAUUUCAGGUCUACCAAUGGAUGGAUUUAGUGGCGUCGGAAUACGGUUUUGCAACGAAGGAGCAAUUUGGAGUAACUUUUGAAGGACGACCAUUGUAUGUUUUAAAAUUUGAAAAAACUUCUGCAAAGUCAAAACCAACUAUAUUUGUUGAUGCAUUGAUUCAUUGUAGAGAAUGGAUUACAACAGCUUCUUUGCUGUAUAUAUUUAAAGAGAUGCUUCAAAACCCAAGAUAUGCUCACAUGAUGGACGAAGUUAAUUGGUAUUUUGUUCCGAUGAUUAAUGUUGACGGAUAUGUGGAAACAUGGAUUGGGGAUAGAUUAUGGAGGAAGAGCCGAAGUACUGGACCAAACUAUAAUUGUGUAGGAGUUGAUGGGAAUCGGAACUUUGAUUCUCAUUGGUCAUAUGAUGGUGCUUCCAAAGAUUCGUGUUACGGCAACUAUUAUGGACCGACUCCAGAGUCCGAGUCAGAAAUUCGCCACCUUGUAAAGUAUGUGAUAGGUCAAGAAAAAAUUGACGCCUACGUUACUACUCACUCCAUUGGGCAAUUGAUAUUAUAUCCGUAUGGAUAUACAGAUGUUCCUUGCGCUGACGAUACCGUACUGAGCCUUCAUAAUUGUCUCUCACGUAAUUUGACAAGACUUCUAAUCCAGCGAGAUAUUCUUCUCCGUUGGGAAUGAUUUGCUCAGCAGGAAGAAUAUGUCCAUGCUAUUUCUUGCAAGAAUUUUGUUAAACCACGUUGUAUCUUACAUAAUUCAAAAUCAUAUUGAAAUACAUGUUACGAUAAUUUAUAAUUUCAUUUGCUUUUAGUGGGCGUAAAACAUUUGAAGUAAAUUAGAAGAAAAUUAAAUUACUUUGGUGACAAAGAUUCACGCAUGUCACUUCAGUCAUACGUCCAUAUAAAUCGCAAGAUCUAGUACGAAACUUGACACCAACAAAACGCUAAGUAUGCUUCUUCUGGUUUUCUAGCAAGAACGUCAGCAUACAUUCAUGAUAACGAUAAUACUUCCCUAUUUCCCCGUUUGCCGUGCCUGGUUGCGAGUAUUUUUGCUCUUGCGGAUUCAGUAUUUCUAAACAUGAGAGGCGGGAUAAACAUUUGCCAUCAAAAGCUCGUACAUAAUGCCGCAUAAAUGGAAAUUUUCAUCUCUACCAGAAGAAGAAUCUCUUGACAUGAACACGAUUAUUGUGAUUACGAGAGCUAGACGUGGGCUAUAAAAUCGGACUAACAUUUUUUUAUUGUAUAAAUCAAUGGUCGACAAAUCACAUGAAAUUACGGAUGCAGAAUUUAUUCUUAAACAAAAUCAGUUAAUGGUACUUAAUUGCAGACUAUGGUAAUCGAGCAAUAUCGGAUAGUAUUUUAUUCUUUUUGGUAUUACUGUUAUUCUAUUAUCGCAUUAGAUCUUGCUUCAUUUACUGAGGUCUAGGAAUCUUUGUGGCUUCUGGGCAAUGAUGCAAUCUUUUAACAAUUUUUUAAAUCAUCGAACCUUAUAAUAAAAAAAGGCGGGAAGACAAAUAACAAUAAUGUCAGGAGUAAAUUUCAAUUACACGAGAAAACAUAGGAUAACAGAUUAUUAUUAGUCCCAAGCUUGUCUCUCGUUUGUAAUGAAGCAUCAUAAUCUUCGAGCUACGAGGUUACACAAGAUCAUGCUCAUGCAGACAGAUUGUUUUAUUCUCUUUAAAAAAUUAUAUAA